AUGGCCUCUGUGAUUGAGCAAUGUCAAGUUGCGCCACCUCCCGGCGGCGUAGCGGAGGUAACACUCCCUCUUACUUAUUUUGAUCAUGUUUGGUUAGGGUUCCACCGUAUACGGCGGAUCCUAUUCUACAAGCUCCCCAUUUCCAAACCCGAUUUCAUUCAAAACAUUAUUCCUCCUCUUAAAAAUUCACUCUCCCUCACUCUCAAACACUAUACGCCCUUAGCCGGAAACGUUGCUCGUCCACUAGAUACCAACGGAUAUCCUGAGUUACGUUAUGUGACAGGAGAUUCUGUAUCUGUUAUUUUUUCUGAGUCUGAUAUGGAUUUCAAUUAUCUCAUUGGUGACCAUCUGCGUAAUGCUAAGGAUUUUUAUCACUUUGUUCCUAAGUUAGGGGAACCUAAGGAUGCACCCAGGGUCCAAUUAGCUCCGGUCUUAGCCAUUCAAGUGACACUUUUUCCGAAUCUUGGUGUAUCCAUUGGUUUCACUAACCAUCAUGUUGUUGGUGAUGGAGCUACCAUUGUAGGGUUCAUUAGGGCGUGGGCUCUACUCCAUAAAUUCGGUGGACAUGAACAAUUCUUAUCGAAUGAGCUAAUUCCGUUUUAUGAUAGGUCCGUAGUAAAAGACCCAUAUGGACAAGGGAUGUUCAUAUGGGAAGAAAUGAAGAAAAAGAAUCUAGAUAUGCGUGACAUUAUGACUCCUCCUCCUGAACACAAGGUUCGAGGUACAUUUACUAUAAGACGAGAUGAUAUUGAGAAACUCAAGAAUUUAAUAUUGAAGUCAAGAAGACAGGGUAGUAGUACUACUCUAACUCAUGUAACAUCUUUUACUGUAACGUGUGCUUAUGUAUGGACUUGCUUGAUAAAAUCAAAGGACGCGAUUGGAGAAGAAAUGAUCAUAGAUGAUAGUGUAAUGGAGUCCUUUGGAUGUGCUGGAGAUUUUAGAGCACGAUUCAAUCCACCACUUCCUCAAUCUUAUUUUGGGAAUUGUAUAGUUGGGUGUGUCACAAGAUCAAUAAGGCAUGUUGACUUAGUUGGAAAGGGAGGCUUUGAAAUUGCGGUGGAAUUAAUUGGAGAAGUCAUUCAAAAACAAAUGAAGGAUGAAGAAUGGGUCCUUAAUGGUAAUUGGCUAAAAGUGAUAGACGACAUAGACCUGAAUCGAUUUUUAUCAAUUGCUGGAUCGCCAAAACAUGACUUAUAUGCUGCUGAUUUUGGAUGGGGAAGGGCCGCGAAGUUAGAAUUUAUUUCUCUUGACAAUGAAGAUGGUGGAAUUGUGAUGUCUCUUAGUAAAUCUAAGGACUUUGAUGGAGAUUUAGAGAUUGGUUUGUCUUUGUCUAAAACUCAAAUGAAUGCUUUUGCUGCUAUAUUCACUCAUGGGCUUAGCUUUCUAUACCAAGUCUGA